UAAAGGGUCCCCGAACGGACGUUCUUUGCGUGAAUAGACUGGAACAAGAGAGAGAAAAGGAAGGAUGCUAUUCACUGACAGGGCUGCAAAGGAUUGAGAGAUGGCGGACCUCGAAGUUCUUGAACUCACGACUCUAACGUCUUCCUCGGCCGAUGACUUUGCAGUCCUCCGUCCCCUGGGCUACGGAGCCAGUGGCAUGGUGGUAGCCGCCACCUGUAAUAGGCCCGGGGUGCCCACACCGGACAAACUCUACGCCGUCAAACUCCUCUACAACUUCUCGCACGAGUACUCAUCUGUGGUCUUGAAUAAUUCCCUGGAGAACGAAUGGCUUGUUCUCUCGAGGCUCUUACCCCAUCCAAACAUUGUGAGGUUCUGGGCACAGUUUGUGAGUCCGAUCCCGCGAUCAUUCAGGAACCUCCUCCCAGAGGAACUGAGACCAAAGAGCGUAUAUAGAGAUCGCUCUGGGGUUUCCCGGCCUCGCAGGGGGCAAUUCCUCGUCCUGGAUCACCACCAGAAGAACCUGGCCGACUGGAUAAACCAGUCUUCCCUGCCAAUUUCCUAUGACAUCACCCUAAAGAUCACAGAGCAGGUGCUGCAUGCUGUUCUUUACCUGGAGAAAAACAGAGUCCGACAUCUCGAUAUAAAACCUUCUAAUGUUCUCAUUCAAAACGGGAAUCGACCGGUUCUGUGUGAUUUCGGGUGUGCCGUGCAGUUCCCCGACAGUUCUUUUGUACUGGAGUAUUCCCGCGGGGUUCACGUGGGGGGAAACAGGGCUCACCUGGCGCCCGAAGUCCUCACUUCUGCCCAUCGCUGCCGACACGAACCGUCGAGACACAAAACAAUAGACUACUCCAAACAGGCUUCAUUUGCAGUCGGGGUCCUCGUUUGCGAGAUAGCGACAGGGGAUCACCCACUCCCCGACUACCCCCUAGGGUUCACCUCAUCAGGAGCGGUUCAGUACACCGCACGUGAUAUAGUACCACUCCCAGAGUUCUUCCCAAAGAGUUUCCAGUCGAUUGUGGCAGAUCUGUUGCGGUGUGACCUGGGGAAGAGGCUGGACCUGGGAGAAGCUGUGAAACAGUUGGAGCUGUGUUGUGUGAAGAGACAGAGAGUGACGACUGUGGGAGACCUGCAGGUGGAGUUGAGGAGAGUGAAACAAGAGAGAGACAUUGCUAAGGCCAAGCUGAGUGCGGUGGCAAGUGAGAGGGACAGUGCAGUCAGGGAGCUGCGAGCCAUGGCCGAGCAGUGCCAGAAGGUGGUCUCCGAGUUUGACUCUCUUGCACAGCACUGUGACACUCUCUCCAGAGAAAACAAGAGGUACCGGAGGGAGAGGGAUGGGGCAGUGGCAGCUAUUGAGAGUGCCUACGAGGCCAGUCACCUACUUCAGGGGCAGCUAACACUGGUCACCAGAGAGAGAGACCUGGCCCAGAGUAAAUGUGAAGAGCUGCAGUCACUCAACAAGAGAGCCAGCCUCAAGGAGCCCAUCGUGGAGUGUGGGAGAUGCAAGGGGUUCUAUCUUGAGUCAGAGAACAGCAGCUCUGCAUGUCUCUGGCAUCCCGGAAAGCAUGUAAGUUACACUUUCUCUGUCUUACAAUGUGUAUAUACCAUGUUUGUUCCUAUUUCUGCAUGGUGGAUGGUUAUAUAUUACCUGCCAUUACCAUCACUCCCAGCUCUUUAAGGUGAGUUUCAUUGGAAAGUGUUUUAUGUCGUUCACUCUUCUUUGUUUCAAAACUGGACAUGUGGACAACAACCAUCACCCCCAUCAAACAGAGGUGGAGUUGCUGUUACAAGACGGACCCAGUGGCUGUGGGGUGCAAGACUAACACCCACAUUCCAAAACUAUAGUCAAUUAAUGAUCAUUUUUAUAGUCGGUUAAAAAUUUGUGAGUUUCUGCCGACACUAUUUUACAUCUGCAUGUCCUGCAGUUAUAAAAAUGUUUCGUGACAAAGACACCACUGACUGCACCAGACAUAGUGUUUGCAGAAACUCAUA